CUACAAUCAACAUGUUUUCACGAAAAAGUCAUAUUCAAUAUCUUUCUGUAGUUUUACUACUCUCUGUAUACUUGUUCAAACAAGUAUCUUCAAUAGGAUGUUAUGCUUGUGACUCUGACGAAAACAGGAAUUGUAUUUAUGACCCCAGCCAGUUUGCUGUUACAUGUGUACCUUAUGCAAAAAAUAUUAACUCUUCAGCAUCUAACGGUGAAGAUAAAAUUGCAGUAAGAGCAAUUUCAUACGACUGCGCAACUGCAGUAGGAAUUUCUACUAAAGAUGGACACUUCAGGGUUAUAAGAGGAUGUUCCGUCAGCCCGGUCACCUGCGACACUUACAAAGCGAUCUACGCAGUGAAUUACGAUUUCCAAGUUGACAAGUGCCUUCGAUGUAGCUAUAACUUCUGUAACACUGAUACGUUCUAAGUUUUCAAUGCCAAAUAUAGAUUUUUUUUCAUUUUUACUCAUAAUAGUCUAAGUUAAAAAAUUUUGUAUCAAAAUAACAGGAGCAUAAAUAAAA